AGUUCACGCUCACGCAAAGAGCUGCGGAAGUAGGCUACCCUGAAACGCUCUCAAAACAAACAUGGAUAGUUCUGUUGUACACUGGUUUAAAGGCUUUACAGCUGUCGGGUAGGCUAGUUUGGGUUAGGCUACAACUAGGAAAUAUAGACCUACGUUCAAGUAUGGAAAUAGUGGCCGAUAUUAUCGAAUUUCGAGUACCAUCAGAGAACAACAAAACACUCUUCGUAUGGGACAUCCUCCCGGAUAAUUCUGAAGCCUAUGUUUAUGAAGCUAUUUGGAAUGUCUUCUCCGCCUUCGGAGCUCUUUACCUCGUGAAGGUGUGUCCUAACGCCGCAUUGGCCAAGCCAGGAUUCUAUGCAAUGGUGAAGUUCUACUCUGCAGCGCAAGCGUCCAAAGCGCAGAGUUCCACAGACAAGACGUGCCUCUUCCAGCGCUCACCUGUGACAGUUCGACUGAGCACCAGGGUGAAUUCAGCUUUCCAACUCAAUGCCAAACCUCUUAGCCAUGCCAGAUGCCAGGAACUAGCCAAUCACUACCUGGGGUUCAAUGGGUGGUCCACACAUAUUCUUACAAUGAAGGACUUCUCCAGUUGUAGCAGACCUGGUACUGGCAUUGAUGGCUUGCCGGAGGGUGGCAGUGGUAGCCAGGAGUCGUUCCUGAAAUACGGCUGCAUGGUGGAGGUGACCUUCCCCCAGCACGGCACAAGCUGCCGGGGCAUCGGCGUCACAGAGGAGCCCCUGGAUGGAGAUGAGCGUCUUGAAGAGGUGCUUUGGAAGAGGGGGAAACUCCAGAAGUGGGCUAGAGACAAAGCAGUGGUCAAUGCUUUUGAGAAAGUCCUUCUGGUUGUUCUGGGCAAUGGGAAAGUGGCGGUUGAGUGUAAAAUUGAUCCAGAUGAAAUUCUCCCUAAUGAUGAAGUGGAAGGAAUCAUAAAGGUGAAUGAUAUACCAUGGAGUGAGUAUGAGAAAGCUGGAGGGGAUGAGGAGGACAUCUCUUGGGACUUCAGUUUGCAUGUGGCUGAUUAGCACAGGAAUGUUGAAGACGUGGAGCCUCACGAUCAACCGUGGAUCCCUACCUAAAGCCUUAGCUGAAGGACCAGAGAGAGAGCGAGGCGAGUGUUUUCCAAGCUCAUUCAGUGAAUGAUCGGUAAUAUUGCAUGUAUUGGCAAUUAAUUGUUUGUUUAUUUAUUUAUUUGUCAUCGUUAGAGUGUACAGUAAUCUACUUACAUUUGUUUUCUGACGUGUGUUAUCACAAUGUCAAGAAUAAUAAUAAUAAUUAAAAAAUUAAUUCAAUUACUGAAAAUAUGACCACCUUGAGUAUUUGUUGAAAUAUUGUUGAUGUAAAUGUUUAUUGUUUAUUAAAAACAAAAAUCAAA